GUCGAGAGCCGUGUCGAGCUACCGUGGUUUGCGAACAUUCUCGAACUUCGUUUUAAGCAAAACUUGAUCUUUUAACUUCACUUUUCCUUUCCUUAGCCGCCAUGGCAGUCUAUGGAGGAAUCGCGUGCAACAGUCUACGUUUAGACACUCUCGCAAGCAGUACCAGCUGCAGCACUGGUGCCUUCAUCAAGGCAAGAAAAACCAUCGGUUUUGUAAGUUUCUCCAGGAGAAGAAGAGGAAAAAUCACGGUCACAGGUGCAAUAACUUCCUCAGCGCCAGGGUCUAGUAGCACUGUGAAAGAAGACGAGCAACAAUUCUUACAGCAAAGUCUUGGGGAGAGCCAGGACAAGGAGGACAAGAAGUUCUCGUGGACCGAGCACUGGUACCCGGUUUCUCUUGUAGAGGAUUUGGAUCCAAAGGCCGCUACUCCAUUCAAGCUCUUGGGGAGGGAGAUAGUUGUGUGGAAGGACGGGGAAGGAAACUGGAGGGCUUUCUCGGAUCAAUGUCCUCACAGAUUGGCUCCGUUAUCGGAAGGAAGGAUUGACGAGAAUGGAUGGCUUCAGUGCUCUUACCACGGUUGGUCAUUCAAGGGCGAUGGCUCUUGUGGAAAAAUUCCGCAAGCGGCAACUCAAGGCCCCGAGUCGAAAGCGGUCGCUUCUCCAAGAGCGUGUGCCAUCUCCUUUCCUGCGGUUGUUUCGCAAGGGCUCCUGUUUGUUUGGCCUGACGAGAAAGGCUGGGAAAGCGCUCAAAGAACACAGCCUCCUCAAUUGCCUGCUGUGUUUGAUGAUCCUAGCUUUUCGACAGUGACUAUACAGCGUGAUCUCUUCUAUGGCUACGACACUCUUAUGGAGAACGUUUCCGAUCCAUCACACAUUGAUUUCGCUCAUCACAAGGUUACAGGCAAGAGGGAUAGAGCCAAGCCUCUUACUUUCAAGGUGGAUUCGAGAGGCCCAUGGGGAUUUUCUGGUGCCAAUUCCGACACUCCAAAGAUCACGGCCGAGUUUCUAGCUCCAUGCUACUACAUAAACAAGAUCGAGAUACCAGUUACACUACCUCUUCAAGGUCCUAAGACAUGGGAGAUAUGGAUUUGCUCCUUCAACGUCCCAAUGGCUCCAGGACAAACUCGCUCCAUCGUUUGCAGCGCUCGUAAUUUUUUCACGUUUCUCAUGCCCGGCCCUGCUUGGUGGCAGCUGGUACCACGAUGGCACGAACACUGGACUUCCAACAAAGUUUACGAUGGCGACAUGAUAGUUCUUCAAGGCCAAGAGAAGAAGUUUUUGGCAACAGGAGGAGACAUCAACGCCAAGUAUUCGCAGAUUACGUUUACUCCCACUCAAGCAGACAGGUUUGUUCUAGAGUUCAGAAACUGGCUUCGCAAGCAUGGCAAUGGUGAGCCAAAGUGGGCCGCUGGAACUAGCAAAACCCAGCCUUUACCAUCGACUGUUCUGUCCAAGCAACAGAUGCUCGAUCGAUACCAGCAGCACACACUGAAUUGCUCCUCGUGUAGGAACGCAUUCAAAGCUUUCAAGGUCGCUGGGAGAGUUCUCAUUGGAGCCACAGUGGUGUUUGCUGUUGCUACAGGAAUCCCUCAGGAGAUCAUUCUCAAGCUUAUAUUUGCAGGCCUUGCAAUGGCUAGUGCAGGGACAGCGUUCCUGUUGAAGGAGUUGGAAGAAAACUUUGUGUAUAAAGACUAUGUCCAUGCAGAGAUUGACUAAUGGUUUUUCCAAAGGAGUGAGUCUACCGUGAAUAAUUAAAUUCUUUUAGAAAAACCAAUGGAUAUACCUAGAUAAUCCAAGGUUGUGAACUAAACUUGCAGCUAACCUAAAGGGAAGCAUUUUUAGUAGCUUUCUUAUAAAAAUUGUUUAAAAUGUUUUAUUUUAAAUAAGUCUGCUCUUCUAGCGCC